AAAUUUUUGAUGUUUACUGCAAAAGUGUCAAAAAAUUUCUUGUUUCACUCAUGUACAGUUGACGAUUGAUGAUUGUUUCUUUUAAAAACUUCCAGACAAUACAGAGAUAAAAAGUCAGCGUUUACUGAACCGUAGUGAGUAUCUAGUCUUCAUGCAUAACGGCACUGGACAAAAUUAGAGGGAGGAAAAACAUGUACAGGACAAAUUAUGUUUUUGAAGUAAAGGUGGAUCUUAAACCUCCCAUCCCCUAAAACUAUGAAUAAUUCCAUUUAGUAUUGUGUGAGGUAGUGAUGCAGGCAAAAAGGCGAUAUUUGCUAGUAUUUGUCGUAGCUUUUCUAACAAUUUGGUACUUUGGGGGCUAUCACUUUCGGCAUAAACCAAGUGUUCCUUUUAACGAAGAAGUACUAUCCAGCUAUGUCAAUUUGGAUACUAUAGAUACAGGAUACGCAAUAGGCCGAGAUAGGCACAUCACACAAAAUGAUGCAAAAGUCCUCUGUAGAAUGGAAACUUGUUUCGACUUCAGUAGAUGUGAAAAAGACUUUAAAGUUUAUGUUUAUCCACAAGAAGAAAACAAUAUUCCCAGUCCGUCCUACUUGAAGCUCCUAAAUGUGUUGUUAGAAUCACGUUAUUAUACUUCUGAUCCAAAGGAAGCAUGCUUAUUUGUCCUAAGUAUGGAUACAUUAGAUAGAGAUCGUCUUAGCGCUGACUAUGUGAGAAAUAUGCAAAGCAAAACUCAAAGACUGCCUUACUGGAAUGAUGGCCUUAACCAUGUCAUUUUUAACUUGUAUUCUGGUACUUGGCCGAACUAUACCGAAAAUAAUUUGGAUUUUGAUUAUGGCAAAGCUAUAUUAGCUAAGGCAAGUAUGUCUGAGGAUCAUAUUAGGCCUGGAUUUGAUAUAAGCAUUCCUCUGUUUCACAAAAUUCAUCCCGAGAAAGGUGGACACCCAGGGUCGAAUUCUGCAAACAGUUAUCCUUUAGAGAAAACCUAUUUAUUGGCCUUUAAAGGGAAACGUUAUGUACAUGGCAUUGGCUCUGACACUAGAAAUUCUUUAUACCAUCUACAUAACAGGAAAGAUAUGAUAAUGGUUACAACUUGCAUACAUGGGAAAAGUUGGAAAGAUAUGAAAGAUGAACGAUGCGAAGAGGAUAACAAAGAAUAUGAAAGAUACGAUUAUGAAAUGCUAUUGCAAAAUUCAACAUUUUGCUUAGUGCCCAGAGGUAGAAGAUUGGGCUCGUUUCGAUUUUUAGAAGCUCUACAAGCGGGUUGUAUUCCUGUUUUAUUAUCAAAUAGUUGGGCGUUACCAUUUUCAGAGGUAAUUGACUGGAAUAAGGCAGUUAUUUGGGCAGACGAACGAUUGCUAUUGCAGGUUCCUCAUAUUAUUCGCUCGAUAUCACCAAGCAAAAUCCUACAAUUACGCCAACAAACACAAGUGUUGUGGGAUAGGUACUUUUCGUCAAUAGAAAAAAUAGUCUAUACCACACUGGAGAUUAUAAGGGAUAAACUUCCAAAGAAACAAAAGCGAGAUGGUACCAUAUGGAAUUCUUUCCCAGGGGCUUUGCUCACUUUACCAACCUUCUCAGACUCUCUGCAAGACUUUCCAUUUCAUGUUGAAUCAGAUAUCAACAAAUUUACUGCUGUUAUAUACUGUCAGCUUGGUAUAACUUUAUCACAAACCUCGACACUUUACAGACUAGUCAGUUACGUGUCCCGAAGUAAAUAUGUAGCAAAAAUUCUCAUAGUGUGGUCAAAUGACAAAAGACCACCGAACAGAAAUCGUUGGCCACUUUUACCUAUACAUAUUCCUUUACAUAUCAUCCAAACUGGAAGCGGCCUGGAAGGAAAAUCCAGCAUUUCUCAGCGGUUUUACCCGCACAAAGAAAUUAGGACCGAUUCUGUUCUUUCGUUGGAUGAGGAUACGAUACUUACCACUGAAGAAAUUGAUUUUGCGUUCGUUGUUUGGAGGCAAUUUCCUGAUAGAAUUGUUGGGUAUCCUGGUCGAUCGCAUUAUUGGGAUGACUCCAAAUCCACUUGGGGAUACACUUCCAAAUGGACUAACGAUUAUUCGAUCGUGCUGACGGGAGCAGCCUUCUAUCAUCGGUAUUACAACUACCUUUAUACCGAAUGGCUGAGUCCAUUGCUACAUAAAACCGUCGAACAGAGUCAAAACUGUGAAGAUAUACUCAUGAACUUUUUAGUCAGUCACGUUACACGUAGACCUCCAAUUAAAAUAACUCAAAGAAAACAGUACAAAGAACAGCCAAGCGCCGGUAGUUGGUCUCCAUGGAAUGACCCAGACCACUUCAUUCAAAGACAAACCUGUCUCAAUACAUUUGCAGCGGUUUUUGGAUAUAUGCCACUGUUGAGAUCAAAUUUAAGGCUAGAUCCAGUGCUUUUUAAAGAUUCGGUAUCGAAUAAAAGGAAAAAAUAUAGGAAAAUUGAACUGGUAGGAAGUUAAUGGAUAACUAGUUCAAAUAUGGUGUGAAUAUAAUUUCCAUUAAUGAAGCUACAAGCGGCAAUUGAGAUGCAUCGGAUGUACAAUUUUCACGAAUGCUUUAUGAUACUAUAAUAAUAUCAAUAUGCCAGGGUUUUCCAAUUCCACGUAUAGUUAGGUUCUAAAAUUUAAAACCGUGCCAUUUUCUUUUAUUCUCCCCAUUUUUUUAGAUUGUAAGUAAGAGAUACGAAUCAAAAGAGAUUUUUUUAUCUCCACAAAAUAAGCGCAUUGAUUAAAAUCGCUAAAUAUUACCUUGAUCUGUAAAACUUGGUUAAAAAAAGCAUAUGUUCUUUUUCCCGAUAAGAGCAGCACCCAAAUCAUAUAAACUAUGACCGCUUUGAAGUCAUGUUCUACUAGUUUACUAUGAUACGAUCUUAGCUUUUAUUGAAGCACAAUAGCUAAAAGAGCAGCUUAAUAGUCCAAAAACUUUUUAAAUACGAAUGCAUAAACAUUUACAGUUUGUGUAGUUCGCACUGAAAACAGAAUAAUUUUUCAAAAAGUAAUUGUUUAUUUUAGAAUAUUUUGCUUUUUUUGAUCUACUUUUGAAAGAAAAUAGUUAUUCAAUAAAUCUUAAAUAUGAAUAUGGUGGUAAAGUCCACCUACCUACCAAAAAUAAGCAACUUUAUAUAAAACCGUGUACAUAUAUAUGUAAAGUUAGUUUUUAUAUAACGAUUUUGGGAGACCUAUUUUACGCCAUGAUAGUUUAUACAAUUAUUUUCAGCAAAUAUGGGCUUAACAAUAAAGUAGAAUCAAUUAAGUAAAGCAAUAUAUGUAAGAUUGAAAUGGACUGUAUAUCAAUUGAUAAUUUUUAAGUCAUCAGUAAUGAAUUUAUAUAUUUAUAUUUAUUAGGUGUAUUGAUUUAACUAGUCAUUUAAAACGUAUAUUGCUAAAUUUUUGAAAAUUGCUUCAAUUUAAAUUCAAACUUAUUCUUGAAUCGGAUAUCUACAGGGUGGCUGAACAUAUUUUUAAACAUUAUUAUCGUCCAAACUUCAAACUUAGACACCAGCCAGCAUUUUUACUUUCUACGGUGUAUCUGAAACAAAAUAUAAUCAUCCUGUAAUUUUGUCCAAUUUUUGCUAGUCAUUCACAAGUUUUCUCGCUAAUAAAACUAAAAUCCGAAAAAUAGAUGGAUAUGUCAGAUUUAUAUGGAAAUAUGUUUACUGUAGUUUUACAGUUUUGCUCAAAUAUUGCGUAAACACAUCCUAUUGUCUUGGAAGGAUCUACUGGCUUGUACUUAAAUGUCGAAUGAACAUUUAAAAAGUUUAUAGUCAAAUUUGGUUCCUAUUUAAUAGACGGCGGCAUAUACACCUGUACUUAUAUACUCGCGACGAAAACCAAUAAGAAUAAGUUUGAAUGCAUAGUUUUUUACGAUAAGUUGUUUAUAUUAUGCUAAGUUUUAUUGGUUACCAUUGAACUGAACAAUGAAAGCUGUUAUAUUUUCUAAAGUUUAUAUCUACAGUGGCAAUCUUAUCACCUUUUUUAAUUGUGUAUAGUUUAUUGAAACAAAUUACCCCAAUACAUCUUUUCAAUAUUUUAUACUGAAAA